AGAAAAGAUGUGCAAGCACGGCAGUAGGUGCGACGAGAGGUACAAUGCGCCAUGUAUGUACUGUACUGUACUUGGUACGGAGCCGAGAGGUGCGCUGGGACGAUGCGUGUGUAUGUAUGUAUGGCUUGUCGUUGCGUGUGUCUACGUCUGCGGAGAUGGCAUUGCGGGUGGUUGUGUGUACCGUACCUAUCGAUAUGUCGACGUCGCGCGCACGGUGCGUGGCUAUCUAUUUCUAUUUCUUCUUCUCCCCUUCCCUCCUUCUUCUUCAUAGGUACCUAUGCGUGCGUGCGUCCUCAUUCACAACAAGUCAAGUCAAGUCCAUCAAAACAACACAACGUCUUGAAAGUGACAAUCAACAAGUACACGUCUUACAAGUAUCGAGGGUAUGGUUAGCCGCUGUCUAUCUAAGUACCUAUCUAUAAAUAUAAAAAAUAUUAACGUCUGUCUGUAUUCUCCUUCUUUUUUUUAUUUCUAUUUCUUUUGUUUUUUUCUCUUAUCCUUCUUUUAUUCCUACUAAUUCUUUAACUAAGUAUUUUGUAUAGAGGAAAACGCAAACGAUUGCGCUAGUGCGUGGUCAAGCGGGCAUGGGAGUGUAGUGUAUGAAAAAUCCGGGGAGAGAGGGAAACAGAUAGAUAGAUAUAUAUAUAUAUAAAACUAAGAUACUAAG